AUGGAUUCAACGAGCCUUUCCAGCAACUGGAAGAAGUUACAGGCCACUCUCAAGAAAGGAAGCGCUUCUACAGGCGCCUCGACGGUCAAACGCAAGGCCGCAGACUGCGACUCUGGGAAUGAUACUGUGAGAAAGCGCAAGUUUACAGAGAAAGAUCACUCCAAGACCCGGGAAUCAAAAACACCCUUCAAGCGAAAGAAGAUGUCAGACGGGACCACAGACGCGGCUGGCGCAGACUCGGUUUCGACAAUCUCUCGGAGAAGGUCUAGCACGGUAGCAUCUGUGCAGACAAAAACGGAAUCACGGAAUGCAAGGGUCAAUGAGGGCCGUUCUCCAACUGCUGAGAUCGGGAAAUAUAUCGCCAUGGAUUGCGAAAUGGUUGGCGUUGGUCCGAACCCCGACAACGACUCUGUUCUCGCCCGCGUCAGUAUCGUCAACUUCAAUGGUGACCAGGUUUAUGAUUCAUAUGUGCGACCGAAGGAGAUGGUGACGGAUUGGCGGACCCAUGUCAGUGGCAUUGCUCCCAGGCACAUGGUCGAAGCACGAACUCUCGAACUGGUUCAGAAAGAGGUUGGAGAGAUUAUGGAUGGCCGCGUUCUCGUCGGUCACGCUGUAAGCAAUGAUCUCGACGCAUUGCUCCUCGGUCAUCCUAAACGCGACAUUCGCGACACAAGCAAGCACCCCGAAUAUCGCAAGAUCGCCGGCGGCGGGUCACCGCGACUCAAGGAUGCUCGAGCGACAAUGGCCCUCUAUCGACGUGAGAAGGAUUCAUUCGAGCGAGAGCAUCUGAAGAAGUGGCCGGUGCGCGUUGCCCCAGUGAGCCAGGAGAAUGGGGAUCAGAAGAAAAAGAAGAAGAAGAAGAAGACGACUCGCAAGCGGUGA